AUGUCAUCUCAGGUGUCACCCACACAAUGCAGCAUUCGGCAAUGCAAGUGUCUGCCCAGCUUAAUACUCUGGGUUGGAGCCCCUUCGACCAAUCACAGCAAUCAGUCAAGCAUUAAUUCUUUCUUUUCCUUUUUACAACCUGUGUGGAAACACGAAGAAUCUCACAAAGAUUUUGUGGCAGACUGCCUUGAAUUUUCAUACAAGGACACAGUGUUUGUGAAGGAUUUUAAUCAGAAACUAUUGGUAGUCACAGAAAAUGAAAGAUGUCGGAAAGCAGACUUUCGUGAUCUGAUUAAGAAAGAAAAGGUUGAUGGCAUCAAGUUUGAUGUAAUUUACUACGAGUCAACAAACUGCAAAACAUGUGGAUUCAAGGAUAUUGUAUUUCCAGUUUCCUUUGUAGUUCAGUGCAACUCAAAGAAAUAUCAGAUGUCAUGCAGUGAGUCCAAAAGUAUUGAAUUUCUGGAACAGAAUGCUCCAGAAGAAACAACAGUGGAUGGGAGCAACCGCAACAUCAUAUUCUACAGGCAGGGUCACAAAGGACAAUUCUCAAUGUUUGAAUCAGAGCUAGCACGUGGUUACUGGUUGUGUACAGAGUAUGAAAAUGGACUUUAUAAAUUAGCAUUAAAGGAAGUGAAAGAGGAAGUUGAUGAAAGAACACUGCUGGAGUUGUCACCAAGUGCAGAAAAGUAGAAUAAUGGUACCAGCAGACCAACCAGAGACCUAAAAAUGAGACUCUCUCUUUUUCCCACCCCCCACAAAAAAAAGCAAAACUUUGAGAAUAACUGACUGUGUAAGCAGACAUUUGAUGUUAGGUAUAACAAGGUGUACAGUUGGAUGAACACAGCAACACUGGAGCAGCAGGAUGAUGCUGCUUGGCCUGCUGUUCAUCCAGCUCGACACCCUUGUUAUGUCAGAUUCUCCAGCAUCAGCAGUUCCUACUAUCUCUGAAACAAUUUUGAUAUUAGGUAGUUAGUUACCUGUGCACUUUAAUUCACACUGCAGUUAUUUUAGGAUCUGCAUCACUUUUUUUUUGUUUCCCCAGAUGGGUGAUGAUUACCAAUUUGUCAAAAAUGGAGUAGUGGCUGAGGAAAACAAAGCAAAAUAUUGCUGUAAUACCAAGGUGUUAAUCUCUAACUCUACUAGGUUAAGGAUGUUUUUUUUUAAAAGUUUCUUUAGCAGGCAAGGAACUAACUAAUAUUUUGGAUACUUUCUCACUUCUGAUGAUCAGAGUUGUCAAUUACUCUUGCCUAUUGAAGACAGGAAAAUCCCUGUAAAGUUGCUCAAGUAUAUUGUCCCAUCCUUUUGUAUUGUAGAAAUACUUUAAGGUUUAUCUGCCACAGAUUUUUAAGAUCUAUGGUGCAUAUCACUUACACCUGUUCAGAUGCAACUAAGUGAGCUUCAGUUUAAAUCUUUGUGAGGCUGUAUCAUUUUACCUCCAAAUGUGUGUGGGGCUAUCAACUCCCAUCCUCUGCCCAGCAUUGCUUAUCUGUACCAAUGAUUUCUCCAAUACAGCAAGUGUUCUCAUAACUGAGAUUCAUUUUAAUGGAUAGUGAUGUACUCUAACCAAUGCUGUAUUCGGGUUACUACUCUUUCUGGGUUGGACUGAUCAUGUUUGACUGGUAUUAGCCGUUCACAUUUUGUGAGGUGAGGGGGAGGGGAAAGCAACUGUUACAUUGAUUGUAAUGCAGUCUGGUGAAAACAUUUUCAGUCAUCAGGUGGUUUGUGAAGGAUUUGAGACCUGUAACUUUUUUUGCCUCAAGAAAUUUCAUAAUCUAGGAAAAUAUUUAUAACUAAGAAUCUUGUUUCCAUUCUCACCAGAAUAUGUGGCAAGUAUGUGUUCUUGCAUAUUAUAGACAAACUUUUGGAAAUUCUCAGCUGGUCUGGGUGCAGAAAGUUAACUUUUCAAUGGAAGCAACCUUUUUGUCAAUGUAGAGAAGUUCAAAAUUCCACUAUUGCCACAAGAUAAUUUUAUUUUAAGAAAAUGCCUCAGCAGAUUUUAGAAGUGGAGAAAUCAUUGCCAGUACCAAUGUUGUUACAUCUGUCAGAAUCCGAUUUGGGUUCUGGUGUCACAGUCUGUCCUAGCAAGUCAAGUGGAUGGCAUGGUGUCUGUGGUUAGCACUGCAGCUUCACUGCACCAGGGACCUAAGUUUGAUUGAAGCCUCAGGCGACUGUCUGUCUGUGCAGAACUUGCCCAUUCUCCCCUUGUCUGCGUGGGUUUCCUCUGGGUGCUCCAGUUUCCUCCCACAGUCCAAAGAUGUGCAGGCUUGAUGGAUUGGCCAUGCUAAAUUGCCCAUAGUGUUCAGGGGUGUGUGGGUUAUAGGGGGAUAGGUUUGGGUGGGAUGCUCCAAGGGGCAGCAUGGACUUGUUGGGCUGAAGGGCCUGUUUCCACACUGUAGGGAAUCUAAUCUAAACAAAUUACUCCCCUCUGAAGCCAAAGAAACAUAAGAGUAGACCAUCCACUCAAGUCUUGUCUACCUUAACAAGUAAGAAGAGUGAGUUCAGACAUUAGCUGUUAACACUAGAUUAAAGAUCUAGCAAGGGAUUUGCCUCAAUAGGUAGGGGUUCUUCAUCCUCAGGUCAGGUUGAAUUGGGUUGGCUUUUAUCCAUGGUUGGAAUCUACCUAGAAGGCACACAAAUGGCAUUUUUGUAAAAAAAAGUGAAAGGAACCAGUUGCUAUUCUUAGCUAAGCUAAGGAUGUCCCAUGCAAAGCUUCAAGUCCUGGCCAGCCCCCAAACACUGCAAUAAAAAGUCAGUUGUAACUGAGUUCAUUUGGUUUAUUCUAAUUUGGUUUCAACUGAGAGUGUACUACUUGGUAACUGCUUAAAGCUGUAAUUUACAAAUUAUAUACAAAGAAAUUAACUCAUUGUACGAACGUGGAAAUGUCCAAUUAUAACUAUCACUCAAAAUGAUUCUUCAACAUUUGGAAACAUCCAGGAUUGCUGAUUUUUCUACUAUAUACUACCAUUUGUUAAUGACAAACAAUCUUCUUUAAACAGUUUUUAAAGGAUGCAGUACACAU